CAAAGCCUAUCGGAUGUUCUUUCUUUUUAUCACCCGGAUUUGUGCAAGUCGUGGAUUUUUUCUCCGUUGUGUUUAUUAGUUAAUGCACUUGCUUAAUCUUGUCACUGUAUAAGUGUAUUCGCUGUACAAUGGAAUGCAGCACCAACGAGUUGAGCGGCUCUGGCAGCGGCAGCCUCAUCGGCCGUUGCCCAUAUCGCACCGUUCGUGCCAAAGGAGUAGGCGGAGUCCAGCAGCUUCCAAUGAAGAAGGCUGGCACCAAACAGCGUCUGACCAGACAGACGCGCGAUAAGUCCAUGACUCUGGCUGCCGCUCGUAUUGCCCCAACAUCCCCAGUGAAGAUGACUCCAGUGCCCAAGUGUAUGACCACCAGGAAUCAGGCUCGGAGGCAGAUUAUAACAGCAGCUACCAAUAAAUAUGCAAACUCAGAUCGACCAGUGGACGAUAUAUAUCCACGUCCAAAAGCUCCGACUACGGCUACGUCACAGUCCAAGCCAGGCAUUACCAUUUCGGGUCGCGGUAGCGUCGUGGGCAGAACUGGCAAGAUCCCAGUCUCAAGUCCAAAGCCAAGCAGUCAAGGCUUAGUCUCGGUUAAAGCUUUACCACCACGCUCAAGCCAAGUUUCAACAUUAAAACCAUUCGCCAAGGCAACCCCUGCCUCCACAUCCAGCUCUAUGACGGCGUCCACCGUGGUUGUGCCCUCCACGCCCACAGUCUCAAGCAGCAGCCAGGUGACUGCCAGUCCAUUGGCGAGCACGGUCGGAGCUGAAGUGGGAACCACCACGACUAGCUCUUUCGUGACAGUAAAAUCCAGAGGCGAGAAAGAAAUGCAGACAGAGCGCCUGGACAUAUUCACUGAUCAGCACUUUUUAGAGAUUGUACGCCCACAGAUGGCGGAAAUGAAUCCCCGCCAGAAGUUAAACUUCAAGAAAAAGGUACUCCAUUCCUUAAUAGAAACCUUUGAUGAUGCCACUGACUUCCCAAAUGCUGAGGAGCUACAGCACUUCAACAUUAAUACACCUUCUGGCUUUGAAGACGUCUCGGAUGGUGAGAUGCGCCUGAUGCGAGAGCUAGCGAGUCUGGUUUGUUCCGCCAAGCGCUCGGACGCAAUCUCAAAGUCCACUCCUCUGCCUGUCGUCGCGGACACUCUGCGCCCGGUGGUUCAACCCAAAACCCCAGCUCCUGUGCCAGUUCCACAACCGUGCUACGUCAUUCGGCGCACCACCACACAGGGCAAAGUAGUAAACGUGGUCACGUCUUCGGAGGAGAAGGAGAAGGAGAUCGGGCGCAACGCCAAGCCGAGCGGCGCGGUCACGAUCGUCAGUCUCGGUGUUAAUAGCCCCACGGAAGAGCUGGGCAAGAAGAGCGCCAGCAACUGUUCCGGGGCCAGCGUCAGUCGUGUUUCCCGGGCUCCUAUGGGUGGAUCCAGGAAAGUCACAGAGGGCGCCUCCCCGAUGAACACCCCAUUCGGCUCGACCCCACCACAGGUGUUGCUCGCUAAGCACGGACCCCUCAAGGUACGCACAAAGCCCAGUGAAUUCUCCGUCUGCGAGCCCAUGCUGACUUUGGGCAUGGGCAUGGGCAUGGUCCCAGACUACCAGCGGCCCCGCUACUCCAGGACCGUCGCACCUGGCCCCGGAUCUAUAGCUGGCCAAGCAGCAGCUGCCGCUGCCCCACACGACAGAAAGAUGAGGAAGUCGACAGGUAGCGUAUCCGCCAGCCAGGAGCAGCCCCCGCCGCCCGGCUUGGCUCUCAAAGGCCUCUUGCAGCCCAAGCCGGCCACCGGGUCCCCCCUGUCAGGUGGGCCCGGCCUUUCCCUGAAACGGAGCCUUCCCUUGGCCAACGCCCAAAAAAGCAUGGCUGAUGUGGUAGCCGAUCCGCAAGAGCAGGAAAUGCGUCGAACCCAAGGUUCAGAAGAGUAUAUGGAGACCGCUGGUACCAUCGCAGCCAAUGACUUAUCGGGCUUGCUGAAGGAAGAUUUUGACGACAUUUUGGGCAUGUAAGGCAAUCCGAGAGUCCGAAUAAACCUUGACGCAUGCUUGAGAUAAUACAUUUGAAUACUAUACAUUUAUAGUCCCAAAAGAACACUGAAAGUUUGUAUGACAACAUUUUUAAUUUUCUAUUCGUAUAAUUGAUUCCAAUACUUGACAUUCGGAUAACCAUUAAAUACAUCACACGAAUGAGUUAUGAAAUUAUAUACAUAGAUGACUGUCUAUUUGGACACUCGAGUAUGUACAAUACAGUAUAAAUGACGUGUGUAUUAACUAUCAACUGACAAUUUGUGGUUAAAUCAAAUUCUUAAUUCUUUUCAAUCCUUGAUUUUUUGCAUUCAUUUAAAUAAAAGUUGUGAACAUUGUAAACAUUGCAA